UGUGCCGGGCUUCCGGCUCCGGGUCCCGGAGGAGGACCCUCGGGCCGAGGGCGGAGCCGCCGCCCGCCGCGACUUUCAGACUCGAACCAUGGCCUCGAGCUGGUGGCGGUGGCGGCACGGCUGCUCCUGGAGGCCGGCGGCGCGGACCCCCGCGCCCGGAGCGCCUGGCCGCCAGGGCCCUCAGGGGCCGCCGCCCGCCGCCGCCGUCCGGGCGCAGAUGUCCUGUUUUUAUCUUGUGAAGAGUUUAACAUCUGCCUGUCUAAAUAUGUACAGUAUAUCACGGCUCCAUCACACAACAUCGGCCGUGUUCUGUUACAGUAAACCUCAGAGUGGUGAGAAAUACACCGAUCCCUUUCAGCUUGGUAGGAGAUAUUUGAAAGGUCUGUAUGAGGACAUUAGGAAGGAAUUGCUCAUAUCUCCAAUAGAACUUAAGGAAAUGUCUGAGUACUACUUUGAUGGAAAAGGAAAAGCCUUUCGACCAGUUAUCGUGGUGCUUAUGGCCCGAGCAUGUAAUAGCCAUUAUAACAACUCCCGAGAUGUGCAAGCCAGCCAGCGUUCCAUAGCCUUAAUUGCAGAGAUGAUCCACACUGCUAGUCUCGUUCACGACGAUGUCAUUGACGAUGCCAGUUCUCGGAGAGGAAAGCACACAGUUAAUAAGAUCUGGGGUGAAAAGAAGGCUGUUCUUGCUGGAGAUUUGAUUCUUUCUGCAGCAUCUAUAGCUCUGGCACGAAUUGGAAACACAACUGUUAUAUCUAUUUUAACCCAAGUUAUUGAAGAUCUGGUGCGUGGUGAAUUUCUUCAGCUAGGGUCAAAAGAGAAUGAGAAUGAGAGAUUUGCACACUACCUUGAAAAGACCUUCAAGAAGACUGCAAGUCUGAUAGCCAACAGUUGUAAAGCAGUCUCUGUCCUAGGAUGCCCUGACCCAGUGGUGCAUGAGAUUGCCUAUCAAUAUGGGAAAAAUUUGGGAAUAGCCUUUCAGCUGAUAGAUGAUGUACUGGACUUCACCUCAUGUUCUGAGCAGAUGGGCAAGCCAACGUCAGCUGAUCUGAAGCUCGGAUUAGCCACUGGCCCUGUCUUAUUUGCUUGUCAGCAGUUUCCAGAAAUGAAUGCUUUGAUAAUGAGACGGUUCAGUUUGCCAGGAGAUGUGGACAGAGCUCGACAAUAUGUACUCCAGAGUGAUGGUGUGCAGCAAACAACCUACCUCGCCCAGCGCUACUGCCACGAAGCAGUGAGAGAGAUCAGUAAACUUCGACCAUCCCCAGAAAGAGAUGCCCUCAUACAACUCUCAGAAACUGUACUCACAAGAGAUAAAUGACAAGUCUUUCUGUUAUUUCUGGCAGCUAUUUUACCAGACUGUGCCUAAAGAAUUUUGUGGAAUAUACUUUGCUUCAUGUGCACAUAACCAAAAAUCAUUUUAAAAAGUCAUUUCAACCUUAAUGAUGGGCAAUUAUUUUAUUAGCAAAGUUUUUCAGAAAAGUUUUAAAAUAAAUCAUUUGAAACUGUUAUUCUAGCCCUGUAAAUUCUAAUUGAGGCAUCUUAAUGGUUAUAUGUGGUAUUGUUUACACUGUUAAUAGUCACAUGUAAAGCCAUUAAACAAAUAAAUAAUGUUAAAAUU